GUUUUACCGCAUCAUGGCCUCAGGACCACUCCGCUUCCGCACGCCGUACAUCGAAGAACUGCCUACCACACAGACUCGACAAGCUCCCGGCUUCGCCUGGGUCGCCGUAGCAGGACCAUCCGCCGAUCCAGCAAAGAACUGGGGAACCACAAAUCGCAAACGUGCUCGAAACGCCGGCCUCGGGCAGACAGACAGCCAGAAAGAAGCACUCAGUGCGCGACAGCAGCGAGAAAUCGAGCGAAAGAUCCGCGAGCUGAACAGCGACAACGUUCGAGGCGAUGGAGUUGCGAUCCCAGCAGCGAAGAAGGAUGGGAGUGGGAGUGCAGGAGGCGGACAAGUGAAGGCGGGCAAAACGCCGAAUACGAAGAAGAUUCUCGCGAGUGGCAAGACCUUUGCACACUAUCUGGAUGAUGAAGAGGCGGAAAUCGCUCGUACGGGGAAGAGGGAUAUCGAAGGAGAUGGACCGGCAACAGCCACAGCGACUGCGGCAGUAGCCACGACACAAAGAGCGAGCAAGACACCGUUGGCGAGGAGGAAGCCGCCGCAAGAGGUCAGCGCGAGUGCGAGUCCUGCUCCGACUUCCUCUUCUGCGGCCCCGGCAUUGCAGAGACAGGACAUACCAGCUCUUUCAGCAGCGGACAUCGACGAGGACUCUGUCAACGACCCACUACCGACACAAGCUGAACUCGAAGCCUUGAUCAAUGCUCCGCCGUUGACCUACAAUCAGGCUCGCUCUCAGCCGCCACCAGCUGGAGCUCCCCCGCCGAGGAAGUUCUCAAGCCCGCGUAUCUACUGGCUCGCCGCCGUCAAUUGCACCAUCGGCCCAGUGUAUGUCGCUUCGCCGCUCGGCGAGGAUCGAGAGCAUCGCCCGUCGACGAGGACCGGAUUGAGAGUCCAACGACCGCAGCCAUCGUUGAUGAGUAUUCCGCCCGAAUUGCGCUUGAGGAUCCUCGGCUACCUGGUCAACGGCGGUCGUGUAACAGAUUCCGACUCAGCAGGCCAUACUUGCAUUCACACUGGAAACGGAACUCGCUUUUACCUGCAACGGCGACGAUUGAAGUGCCCUUGCACCGAAUCUGUCUGGCCUCGGAUUCUCGCUGUCAACAAAAAGCUGUUCGCUGAAGCCAUGCCUGUCCUUCACAGUACGAACGAGCUUCAUGUCUGCUUUCCGGCAAACAGAACCUUCGAGUCGGCGGAGGAUCCGGCCGCCGCCGUCGUGCGAAAUCUCCCACGAUAUGCUUAUCCGCACAUCAAGCGAUUAGCGCUCAUCGGCUGCCUCGACAAUAUCUCUGGGCUUACCACCCGAGACGAAGGAACAGGCUGCAUCUCACGCCAUCUCUCAUACCUCGAGUCCGCCGGUGCCAGGCCUCGCGACAUCCGCAUCUGCAUUGGUGUACAGUGGGCGUACGAUCGGCAUGGCUUCCAUCUUCGAGCAGAGGAAUUGCACGAUGUUGUGUCUCUCUUGUCGGUAAAGAAUGUCAGGUUGGAAGUGCCGUGUAUACUCCCUGGCAUGGUGAUGGCGAUGGCACCGGGCGUCGUCGAAGGCAGUACAAUUGGCACGGAGAUCCGCGAACAGCUGAUAGCAGCACUCGAUGCGCGAGUCCGGGCUUUGGUGAAUGUGGAGGACAUCUCGGGCGUUCAUGUGAUUCCACUGAGAAAUGAGGAAGACGCUUCGCGCACUGGCUCGAAGGCGAAGGAUGUGAAGAAGUGUCCGGGAAUGUGCUUCUCUACCUGCACACUCGAGAAUCGCAAGCGCAUCACCACAUCCACAGCUCCGCCACUCCCGCUCCACGGCUCCACCACACUCGCCGACCUUACGGCGCCGGUCACAACAUUGCGCAAACCGCAGAACAUCAUGGACACAUCUCGACUUCAGUCAGAAGAGAUCGCGCCUCUCGGAACCGACCCCACGCCACAGAUUCUUCGCCGCUCGUCUAGGAUCAAGGCCAAAAACGAGACCUCUACACCCACCAAACCCGCAGAACAGCCCCAAGAUUACCCGCGAGCGUCUUUCAUGGGCCUACCGGUCGAGAUGCGCAUGCGCAUCUAUGGCUUCCUUGUCAAUGGCGGGCGUGUAAUAGAUCCUGGUGCGAAUGGCUCGGAGUGCGCUCGAGAGAAUGGAGGUCGCGGAAAACUCGGAGACGGAACCAGAUUCCUCUUCGUGGCACCGAAGUGUUCCUGCACCGAGUCUGUGUGGCCACAGAUUCUCGCCACCAACAGCGUCAUUUUCAUGGAAGCUAUGCCCGUCCUCUACAGCACGACUGCGUUUCACGUGGGCUUCCCUAAGUUCGGCGACGGCAGAUCGCCAUCGUGCAGGACUGCCCUUUCAACAUUACCAAAGUACGGCGCCUCGCACAUUCGACACCUUGUCCUGUCCGCGACCCUGGGAUUGAUGUCGAUUGCGAUAUACCGCCCCGAGUCUCAUAUGGACGACUUAUCUCUGCACUGGACUUGGCUCAGAUCUCUCGAUCUAAAACUUGUUUCCAUCCGACUAUGUCUCAUCGCUGAGGCAGUUCGGGCAAUGACAUGCCUUCAUCUCGAUGUGACUCCGUUCAUCGGGCUUUUGUCAGGAUCCCGGGCGGAAAAUAUCUGGCUGCAAGUGCCUUGCGACAUCGACGAGGACGUUGAGUACGACAGCGAUGAUGGCGACAUGGACUAUCUUGUGGACGAGAAUGAUGUGAGGACCAACAGGCUGCGAGACAAACUCCUGGCAGCGCUGCGGACCGAAGCGAAGCGAAUGGAUCAUCAUCCUGAUAUCGUCGACAUCUCGGACAAGUGGUUGGAGUUUUGA